AUGACUGAAACAGGAGAGAGAGCGUUACUGACGAUAGCAACUCACUUGAGCGCAAUUUUAGAUGUAUCGCAAUCGUACUGCAAAUCCAAGCAGAUCUGUCCGCAGAUAUCGUUUUGUUUCGAGAAUGACGCAAUGCGAUACCAGCGAUCCUCACCCGAAUGCUUCACAAUAUCACGUUUCCGAAUCGACACUCGUCCGAUCGGUCGUGGAAUCGGUCGCGCAUUCUUCUCGAAGAUUGUGAAGUGCAAUUGUGAGAAGUUACACGAUAUCUCGUGCACAAAAUCAUCACCAAUAGAGCAGCUGAAAUGA